UAGGAGACAAAGCCUGAGCCGUUGCGAAGAGCCAACCCAACCCCAUCCGCAAGUCUUAUUUCCAGAGACGUUUUCGAAGCCGAGGGCGCCUCUGCAAAAGCACUGCAGACAGGUUCCGACUCGCCGGAGAUCGCGCGACGAAUCUGCGCCUCGAACCCUGGCUUUCCAGCAGUCGCCGGAUUGCUGCCCCACAGGGAGCCAACCCGCCUGAGGACCAGCCCAGCCCGGGCUCUGUAGAUUCGUAGGCUGUGCAGGCGGCGAGCUCGCCCACGCAUCUCAGCCCACUCCCUCGUCCACCCCCGGCGAAGAUGUCCGCCAAGUCUGAAGUCGGCUUAGUGCGCGAGGCUUCUCGGCAGAUCGUGGCCGGUGGUUCUGCAGGUCUUGUAGAAAUUUGCCUGAUGCACCCCCUAGAUGUGGUGAAAACCAGGUUUCAGAUUCAGAGAUGUGCAACUGAUCCAAACAGUUAUAAAAGCUUGGUAGACAGCUUUCAAAUGAUUUUCCAAAUGGAAGGGUUGUUUGGUUUUUACAAGGGAAUUCUGCCACCUAUCUUGGCUGAAACCCCAAAAAGAGCAGUGAAGUUUUUCACCUUUGAGCAGUACAAGAAAUUGCUGGGAUAUGUGUCACUGUCACCAGCAUUGACAUUUGCCAUUGCUGGAUUGGGAUCUGGACUAACAGAAGCCGUUGUAGUUAACCCUUUUGAGGUAGUAAAAGUUGGCUUGCAAGCAAAUCGGAACACAUUUGCAGAGCAACCAUCCACUGUGGGUUAUGCAAGACAAAUCAUUAAGAAGGAAGGCUGGGGACUCCAGGGCCUCAACAAAGGAUUAACUGCAACUUUGGGACGACAUGGAGUUUUCAAUAUGGUUUAUUUUGGCUUCUACUACAAUGUCAAAAACAUGAUUCCUGUCAAUAAGGAUCCAACCUUGGAGUUUUUGAGAAAAUUUGGGAUUGGUCUUCUCUCAGGGACAAUAGCCUCAGUCAUUAACAUCCCUUUUGAUGUUGCCAAAAGUAGGAUUCAAGGGCCUCAACCAGUUCCUGGAGAGAUCAAGUACAGAACCUGUUUUAAAACAAUGGCAACAGUCUAUCAGGAAGAAGGGAUUUUAGCUUUGUACAAAGGCCUGCUUCCCAAGAUUAUGAGACUUGGACCAGGUGGUGCAGUGAUGCUGCUGGUUUAUGAAUACACCUAUUCAUGGCUUCAGGAGAACUGGUGAUUGCCUAGGAAGUGUUUUUCCCCCUUGAGAUAAUGGAUAUUUGCUAUGCAGCACUAUGAAGAAGAGAGACUAUCGACCAGCCAGGUAUAUAAUUAUGAAAGAGAAAACUGUUCAAGAACAAAAUCUAUUUUAAUACUUUAAAAAUAUCUAUAGACAACUUGAGAUGAUAGUUUUGGCUGUAUAAAUAAAACUGUGAGAAGAAAAAAUAAUAUGGAACAAUGAGGUAUUUAAAAUGAAUAUAGGAAAAUAGCAUAGAAAUCGUAUAUUUUGUAAAAGAAAUAUAAACUUUGUCUCCUAUGUUCCUCUUCACUGCUUCACAAUGAAAAUUCAUUGUAUUGAUCAGUAUUUUUUCCUAAGAGGUCUAGAAAUGCUUAAACUAUUGAAAAUAACUCACAUCAUUCAAAGACAGGGUUAAAAAAAGUUAAGCCAAAAUUUAAACAGUUUUUAUAAUGAAUUAAAUUAUUCCAUAAAUAAUAUUUAAAGAGCACAAGAAAAAUGCUUUAAAGUGCACUAAAAUGACCUUUUAAGAAUGUUUAAUUUUAUGAAUACUACGUUAAAAUGUAAAUCUGUUGGUUUUCUGUAGUAUCUAUGCACAUAUCAGCUCUAUUUUCCUACAUCUGCUUUAUAUCUCACAUUGCUGUAAGAUAAUAAACAGGUAUUUUAAAACAUUGUUUAGAACAGAAUGUUAAAACACUGUUGUUUAAGCAUGUAUUUUUAAAUCAUGAUAUCCCAAAUCUCUUCUAACAAGUAGGAAACAUGCAAUAAAAUCUACUUUGCU